AUGUGUUAUUGCUGUAGGCUGAAUUUAGUGAGCAGACCAAGAUUGACGAACGACUUCAUCUUCCGGGAUAUGACAACAGGAGACCUACUGCGAGUUGCUCGCACUAACACGAGGAAUUACAACGCAGUGGGAGAUUUUAUGAGGAGGACAUACUCGGUCUCAAAACUGCUACGCCCUUUCUUUUCAGAGAACGAUGUUCCUCGGUUUGUUGCGGCGCAGCGCAAGUCUGGUACCAUGAUCAUUGGAUCCAUCGCUCUGUCCUAUUUCACUUGGGAUGCUUACAUCAACAGUGACUUGGAUUUACUUGUUAAUCGAGCAAACGUAGUCCAUAUGAGAGGGUUCUUGAUUUCAAUGGGGUAUGCGUUGGAUAAUAGGAUGGUUGUACGCACCUUGUUGGAGGCGGCACACGAUGAUGCGCCUAUCGAUCUCAGGUUUCCGACAUUGGGAAAAUCGGUUAAAUCUAUUGAAAGUAUAGAAACAUACCGAUCAACAUCAUCGGACAGAGUCGUGAGACUCGUAAUGUGUGUUCGAGAGGAAAUCGAAGUGAUCUUGGGGCUUCAUUCCACUUGCACAAUGAACUUUAUCACACACGCACGUGCAUACCCUUUAUAUCCGAGGGCGACACUGGACUAUCAUGCAUCCACUUCGUGCUUUACCACCGACGAGCGUGAACUAGAAGCCCAGGUCAAAUAUAGACAGAGAGGAUGGGUGCCCAUUCCAUGUUUCAUCAUUGACGGUGAUGUAAUACAUGACAGUACAUUGGAUUUCCCUGACGUUGACCGUUUUGUUGGCGAUCGGUACAUGCUGCGAUGGGUGUUGGGAAAAGAGAGAUCCGUAGAAGCAUUGGGAUGA